UCUCCUACAUUGAUAAGCAUUGCGAUGGCAACCGAAAAUCUUACAUUGGUAGCUAACUCAUCAUAUUGCCCGGAGAGUUUUGUAAACAAUUCGAUAAUCAUAACAUUGAAUGUUGUUCUAAUUGCUGUCAAUGCUCCUUUUGCUCUUUUUGCCRUAGUCAGCAAUGUCCUGAUAAUAGCUGUGAUCGUAAUAUCGAAAGAGCUGCAUACCACUCCAAAUGUAUUGCUAUGCAGCCUGGCCAUUACUGACUUGAUGACAGGCCUGGCCACCCAGCCACUGAUGAUAGCAUGGCGAGUCUUAAUACAGCAAAUGGAAACCACAUGCGUCGGSGAGUUAGUGCACCUAUUGUACGAGGCAUUCCUUUUUAUCUGGACAGGUGGAUCAUUUGCAAAUCUUGCAUAUAUUAGCUUCGACAGAUUGAUAGCCAUAUCACAACCAUUGCGCUACAGCAGCAGAUCAAACCCAAGGAAAGGGAUGAKACGAUUGGCCGUCAUUUGGAUUUCUUGGAUUACUUUGGUUGUCUUGAAAUAUGUUAUAUUCACAGAAUAUAUCAGUUAUAUUAUCACUACAGCAAUUGCCUGUCUCUUGGUUGGAUUCCUUAUUGUUACUCAGAUAGCUACAAUUGUGUGCAUCAAGAAAAACAAUGCCAAAAUCUUGGCCCAACAUAAUGCAAAAAUCGUUUACGAGAGACAAAAGCGUGCAACCUUUACCAUCAUGGCAGUGCUUAUGGCACUUAUCGUGUUCCUCUUGCCAGCAGUUAUACUUCAAGCGUUCAUUGGUCGAUUGCACAAAAAAGGUAGAUUAAUGGCCAUGAAUUUCGCAAUUUCAGCUCUGUUAAUCAGCUCGUCUGCUAACCCUUUGAUCUAUUUGUGGAGGAGCCGAGAAAUCAGGGCAAAUUGCAUGCGUUAUUUUACGUGCAGCAAUGUUAAGGCAGAACGCAGUAUUGGUGAAGAGUUGCAGGAAAGAAGCUCGUAUACAAACCAUGCAGUAGAACAAUCUACGUGAUUGACCACUUGGGCGACUAACCACAAACAAAUGAAUUGAAAAAGACAAUAAUCCUUUCUUUCCUCCCAAGCCUCUUCCUCGCCAAUAUAACAAAUAUUGAAAUUGGACUAUUGUGUUGCUAUUAUAUUUUGCUUUGUUGUAUUUCAAAGAU